CCAUCAAACACCGAUAUUAGUGGCCCUCCGGUACUCGUCGCGAACGGUUCUCCCCUUUGGGCUUCUCCGCACCGCUGCUUUGGUGUUGCUGCCGCGUUGCACUGGACAGAAAGAAAUCGGUCUGGAUUUUCUUCACAAAUAAUCCACUUCAAAGAUUCGAGGACACAUUCUUCGCAAUUAAUAAAACGUACUCGCCUCGCGUAACCGGUCCGGCUGUUUCGGAACGUAGAAAAUAUGAAUUACAUUAACCUUGUUAGUGCGCGUUCCAGCAACCUAUUUUGAGCAGCCGUUCUGGUCAUUAAAGUGAUAGUGAAUGACGCCUGGAAAGUGGUGCAUUUGUACAUAAGAACAACAGCCAGUCAGUGGGCAGAGAAGUCCUGAAACUGAUAAGAACGCGCUGAUACAGCGCCUACUUCGAUCAACGAUAAUCUUUUUGUGAUUAGAGUAGCCUAUGAGAAAAUCGCGCGAUUUUUGCGCUGAUAAGAACGCAGUAGGCUAAUCAGUGGUGGUCAAUAGCCGUCUAAUCCUGGUAGAUCCCAUAGCAACGGCUCGCGUGUGAAAAAGCAGCAGGCGGUGGUGGUGUGGUUGAGGUUCAAAUUCCGAAGCAGAUGCGCCGCUCUUUGUGUGUUUAGAAAAGAGUAAAGCCAAAAAUAGAUGUAGGAUUGUGUUGUCAAACAUUCAAUCCUAAAACAAAUCAGUGGUCAGUGGUAUCAUCGUAGUAACUUUGUUGCCGUUUGGACAAAACUGGCAACAGCCAUGAGUGGGGACGAGUCGAAAAAGGAUGUGUACCAGGUGGAGAAUGGGGCAUUUCACCAACAGCAGAACGGAGGACACAUGGAGAAAGUACAUGUCCAGUCGGUUCCCGGGGACUUGAAGCAAAUCGUGCUGGAAGGAUUGGAGAAGAAAGGCGAUCGAGGACUCUGGCUGUGGGUACUGUUCAUUCUCUGUCUGACACCGAACAUCCUCAAUGGCUUUCACGUGUCGUCCUACGUCUUCCUGGGCCAGAUGCCAGAAAACUAUUACUGCGUCGUGCCGAGCCUGGUGCAGCGUGGGUGGACCCAUGACGAGAUCCGAAAUAUUUCCAUCAUCGCCGGCUCGGCCAAAAACGGCACCUGUUCCCUGCUGAACUGGAACUAUCACGCACUCGAAGGAAUGAACUACCAAGAAGCGCAAGAGUACCUGAAGGAUAAGCCCCUACCCGGUGAGGUAUCAUGCUUGAGAACCGAUGGCUUAGAGAUGUAUUACCAUCAGUCGAAGGGUGCCUCCAUCGUUCCGGAGUGGGACCUGAUCUGCGAGCGAACUGCUUUGCGGUCCACUGUGCAGGUGGCCCUGUCGCUGGGAAAAUUCUUCGGAGCAUCCACUUUUGGAAUUCUUUCGGACAAGUAUGGACGGAAGAGCAGUUUCACCAUUGCAGCGCUGCUCUAUGUGGUGUCCAGUUUGCUGACCACGUUCUCUCCAGUUUAUAUCCUUUUGUUGCUUGGACGGAUCGGGCUGGGUGCUUCCGCUUCCGGAGUUUUCUACCCGGCGUUUGCGUUGUUGACUGAAAACAUCGGAACCCGUCAUCGGUCGUGGAUGAGUAUUGCCUUCAACUUUUCGUAUCCGAUAGGUAUGCUGAUUCUAGCGUUGGCUGCCUAUUACAUUCACCCAUGGAGAGAUUUAUCGCUGGCGCUAACGAUCCCGUCGUUCCUGCUGGUGAUCCAUUUGUACUUCCUUGUGGAAUCACCUCGUUGGCUACUCAGCAAGGGUCACGAACGUCGUGCCUACCGAAUGGUCUUCGGACGGAAAGCCCCCGAAGAAUUGUGCGACAGUGCCGAGAAGGAUCAGCUCAGUCCGGAAGAGGUGGCCGCAGCCGUUGCCAAAGACGUCCCCCCGCCGAAGGUACCCCUCGGCGUACGCAUCAAGCAAUCCUUCAGCGAGUUCACCAAACUUUACGGCACCCCGACGCUUUGCCGGCGGGCUCUGAUUUGCCACUUCACGUGGUGCGUUACUUCGCUGUGUUAUUACGUGACCGCCUUGAAUGCGGAUAACUUCGAUGCCAACAGGAAUGUGUACGUGGCAACGACCGGAUCGGUUGACAUUUUGGCGUACAUCAUUUCGAUGAUAGUGCUGGCGUACUAUGGCCGAAAGAGUGCCUCAUUCUGCUUCUUCCUGUAUGCCGGAGUUUGUCUCUUGGUGGUGCUGGCAAUUCCAAAGGAAAGCACGACACUGGUGGUAACGUUGGCUAUGUUAGGCCGUUUGGGAAUAACGGCGGUCUAUGCCGUGGUCACUCUGCACACGGCGGAACUCUUCCCCACAGAGAUCCGCAACACUGCCCUCGGAAUCUGUUCGACAAUGGCCCAUGUCGGAUCGAUCGCAGCUCCCUAUAUAGUGGAUUUGCUGGGUCAGCUAGCCUGGUGGAUUCCGACGACAAUCUGCGGUAUUACGAUUUUGAUAGCCGGAAUGCUGACCUUGUUGCAUCCGGAAACGAAGGACGCCGCGUUGAAGGAUCACGCCAAACAGGAAGUGACCCCCAGCGAAGAACGAGAGCCGAUGAAACAAUAAGAGGGUGGGCACGAUGUGUGUGUGUGACACGAUUAUAUGAAAAUAUGAAUUCUCGCUCCAGUCCACUUCUUGGGUGUCAUUUGGGUUUCAACUUCGCCGAUGAUGCUGUUCCGCACAGUUGAACCAAGAAAUAGGACCAAAUGGAAUCCAAAAAGUGAACUGGAGCGAAUGUUGUCCCAUGCUAGUGAUUGGGAAACUUGUAUUGACCAAAAGUGUGCCAAAUUUUAGAUUAAGACUAAGAAUAAUAGUAUACGUCUCAAACCCGUUGAGGAGUGAUAUUAAGCAUUUGAGGACGGGAAGUCAGAGGCAUGUAUUAUACCGUCGAUCCAUGCCCGAUAGAAACCCACAUCGGUGUAGACCCCGGGUGAUGCUGGAGCCCCACAGCCUGCUCCAUACGAGAUGAUUCCCCGCAGGGUGUAGGGUCUCUUCUCGCCGCCAAGGGGCCCCCAUAUCUUCCGUCGGCACACCAAUCCGCCACCGGAAUCUCCCUGUUGAUUAUGCAAUGGCAGUUGUAGUAAUGUAUAGUUUAGGUUUAAGUUCUAAGAAGAUCGACACUUACCCUACAGGCAUCGGUCAGGCCGAUCGCACAAAACAUUCCAGAGUUAGGCGUUGAAGGAGCAACCACGGGUCCAAGCAUUUGCACGCACCGGUUGAACGAAAGCGGACGUAUCGGUCCAUAUUGUAAUCGGUUGCUAGUCGGACCGUAGAAAGAAUCCGAUCCGUAUCCAAAUAUGUGACACUCCUCCUCCUCCGCUGCAUCAUCGCGACUGUUGUCGCUUAGGACUAGAUUUAAGGCAUCUCCGCCAAGGACAAUGACACCAGUCAUAUUGUUGCUGUUAGGAUUACCCUUGGGUGGCAAUAAAAGGGUACUCCGUACCAACUUGUCUAACUGUUGAA